AACGGCAAAAACACAAAACAAACCAAACAAACAAAAAAACGGUGUGAAGAUUGAUGUUCUCAAGGAAAUGACAGAGGAAUUUAUAGAUAUUUGAAUUUGUAAAGGAUUUUAGACUUUUUUGUCUGGAAAUAAGACCAGAUUUAAAGAUAACAUCUCCCCUUGUUCUUCAAUCAGCUUAUCUAUCUCUGGAAAGGCAUAACAAGAGUCUAAGUUUGAGGCAUUUUGUGACACUGGGGCCUGGACAAAUGGCUUUUCUGGAAGGGAGAAGGCCCCAAACAAACAUGGAGCGGGCUGUUUCUCCACCAUCUCUAGGUGGUGUUUGGCUUAUAUAGCAAGGCUCUUUCCCCUUCUAAGAUCACAUCAUCUAGGGAGGGCUUUUGCACAAACAAAUUUAUCCAGGCUGCUGCAGCAGUAGCAAAAAUGCAUCGGUGAGAGCCUGACAAAUAAGGCGAAGGCCAAAGGAGCCACCGCUGACCCUGAGGGCCUGAAAUUAGCCAGCAAACACCAGCAUGCCUGAACAGGUUUUGUAGCCAAGUGCUCUGAUAGGUCAGUGCCUCUGUCCAGUCGCUAAAUACUUGCAACAUUACUCCUCUGGCUGGUGAGAUUACCAGCAAGACCCGAGGUGGUGGCAUUCAUGGCAACAAGACUGGUGGCAGCUGAUAGGACCUGUGGGCCCUCAGGUUGCGGCAUGUUUACUCUCCUAUCAUCUGUCACGGCUGCUGUCAGCGGCUUCCUGGUGGGAUAUGAACUUGGGCUCAUCUCUGGGGCUCUCCUGCAGAUAAGAACCUUGUUGGCCCUGACCUGCCACGAGCAGGAGAUGGUGGUGAGCUCCCUCCUCAUCGGGGCCUUACUGGCCUCUCUUGUCGGAGGGGUCGUGAUUGACAGGUACGGAAGAAGGGCUGCCAUCAUCCUGUCGUCCUGCCUGCUUGGAGUUGGAAGCCUGGUCUUGAUCGUCACUUUGUCUUAUGCGGCUCUCAUAGUGGGACGCAUUGCCAUAGGGGUUUCCAUUUCACUCUCUUCCAUCGCUACCUGCGUCUACAUCGCAGAGAUUGCUCCCCAACACCGACGAGGGCUUCUCGUGUCACUGAACGAGCUGAUGAUUGUCAUUGGCAUUCUUUUCGCCUAUGUUUCGAAUUACACAUUUGCCAACAUUUCCCACGGCUGGAAGUACAUGUUCGGUCUCGUUAUCCCCUUGGGAGUUUUGCAAGCCAUUGCCAUGUACUUUCUUCCUCCAAGUCCUCGGUUUCUGGUGAUGAAGGGACAGGAGGAAGCUGCUAGCAAGGUUCUCGGAAAGUUGAGGGCCGUCUCCGAUCCAACGGAAGAGCUCACGGCGAUAAAAUCUUCCCUGAAAGAUGAAUAUCAGUACAGUUUUUGGGAUCUCUUCCGGUCAAAGGACAACAUGAGGACUCGAAUCAUGAUAGGCUUGACACUGGUGUUUUUUGUACAAAUCACGGGCCAGCCAAACAUAUUAUUUUAUGCAUCCACUGUUUUAAAGUCUGUUGGCUUCCAGAGCAAUGAGGCAGCUAGCCUCGCCUCCACGGGGGUUGGGGUGGUCAAGGUCAUUGGCACCAUCCCUGCCACCCUUCUUGUAGACCACGUGGGGAGCAAAACCUUCCUCUGUGUUGGCUCCUCUGUGAUGGCAGUUUCCUUGGUGACCAUGGGCAUCGUGAACCUCAACAUCCACAUGAAUGUCACCAAUAUCUGCAGAAACUAUGGUCCUAUCAACCAGUCCCUGGAUGAGUCUGUGUUUUAUGGACCAGGUAACCUGUCAGCCAGCAAUGACACUCUUAGAGAAUCCUUUAAAGGAAUGACUUCCCAUGGCAGAAGCUCAGUAAUGCCCGUAAGAAACGACAUGGAUAAGAGAAGAGAAAUGACCUCGGCAUCCUUACCAAAGGCUGGACCAAGCCAAACUGAAUACCAGGUGGUCACAGACCCUGAGGACGUGCCAGCUUUUUUGAAAUGGCUGUCCUUGGCCAGCUUGCUUGUUUAUGUUGCCGCAUUUUCAAUCAGCCUAGGACCAAUGCCCUGGCUGGUGUUGAGCGAGAUCUUUCCCGCUGGAAUUCGAGGACGAGCCAUGGCUCUAACUUCCAGCAUGAACUGGGCUAUCAAUCUCCUCAUCUCUCUGACGUUUUUGACCGUGACUGAUCUCAUUGGCCUGCCAUGGGUGUGCUUUAUUUAUACAAUCAUGAGUCUAGCAGCUCUGGUUUUUGUGCUCGUGUUUAUUCCCGAGACAAAGGGAUGCUCUUUGGAACAAAUAUCAAUGGAACUAGCAAAAGAGAACUAUGUGAAAAACAACAUUUGUUUUAUGAGUCAUCACCAAGAGGAAUUAGUGCCAAAACAGCUUCAAAAAAGAAAACCCCAAGAACAGUUCUUGGAGUCUAAGAAGCUGCGGGGUAGGGGACAACCAAGGCAGCUUUCUCCGGAGACCUAGCAGCUGCAAAACCUCACAGAUGUUGAUACAGUGUACGAACACUUAGAGUGUCUUCCCACCAUACACAGUUGCCACUCGUUCUACCCCCCAAAAGGUAGAUGAGGUACAAGGUCCCAAGUGAUCUCUUUCCUACUGAGCAGAAUACCAGGUUAAAAAUAUUAGCUGGUUCACCAUCUACCACCUUUUUCACAGAGGAGCCUUUGAAAGACCAUGAACUAGUGAUGCCAUCAACUUUUACCUUAAGGCAUGUAUGCACAGAGGCCAGUGGCGGCUUUGUUUUUCAGACACAGAAGUGGUCUGAUCACAGGCUUACAGUUUUUGGCCUACUGAGACACACCUUGCACUGGGUCAUGUGCAAAAAAGAACCCAAGACAUAAUGUGGAUGACUGCACACAUAUUCUAGGUUAGGACAGGGUUCUGGUUAGGAUUCUAGUGAUAAUUUCUAACUACAAACAAGUAUAAAGAUUAUAUGACGUAUUUUAUGAAUUAUAAACUACAAUGUAAUGCAAAAGAUCCUUUUUGAUGUUAGUAUUAUAAAAUAAACAAUUAUGCAAUAGGAGAAAAGUAAGCAUUUUUUCCAUCCAUUUUUAAGUAUGAACAGAGAGGACAAUUUGAAAAUCCUGGGACCAUAUUUGUUUAGAAAUAGCUGUUAGGCAAACAUGAGCAAAGGAGUCAGGCCAUUAGGGUAUUAUUUAGCCAAAUCUGUAUGUAAUUAGGUUCAAGUUACUAAGCUUAUACAAUUCUCUCUUUGUAAGGUUUUCAUGAUAACCUCACAGUGGUCCAUAGUUUCUUACAAUUCUUUGCAGUCCUCAGGGAUAUCACUACCUCAGGUUAAGGCAUACAGGCUAUAUAUAAUCUAUGCUGACCUUCAGAUGCCUGCAGACAUAAUAAAUGACAUCCAGACAUCGGGCCAGUUCCCUCACUAUGCUCUUCUCUAUGAUGAAACACAGAUCACCAACUGCGCCAGACAUUUGGGUUUCACCUACACAAUGGAUUGCUCUCUUCUGCAUUUCUCCAGUUGAGUUUUGAGACUUGGGGAGGCAUUUUACCAGUAGAAUUUGGAUGCAAUGAUAGAAAAUCUACAAUAAAGGAUCUCAAACCACUUAUGUAGUAACCCAUUAAAUUACAGUAUUAUUAGCUAUGGGAGACACACACAAAAAAAGGAUUGAGCAACCGAACUUUAAAAAGAAUACAAAAAUGAUUACCUUAAAGAAGAGAAUCCUAAGAGUCAAAAACUUUUUGUUUGACUUGAAAUCUUUCUAUUGGCCUUUAACAGUGUCCUAGUUUGAUAUGAUCUACUGCAUUCCCUGAAAAUGAAGAGGUUUCAAGACUACAGUCUAUGUAAGUGAUAGUAAAACUGUAUUAUCAGAAACUCAGGAGACUAGACGACCAGGUUCUGAGACAUACUAUCUAAAUUAAAAUUGGCAGGGCAAGUUUUAAGGAGCUUUGUCAUCUGCACUCUGUAUGAUUCAUUUCAGAUGCAAGUCAGAGCACGCACUGCUUUGUUCAUGUGUUUUAGAGGGAGUAGGCAAAGUAUGCUCUGUAGAGGAUCAAUUUAAGAAAUUUAUUAUACCACUUUCAGUGGAAUUAUAUGCUGAGAUUUUAAAAAGGCAGGACAGGUAAUCAUAUGAAUUUUCUUCUUUGUCAAGCAUCACGGAUUGAGAGAUGUUUAACAAAACUGUUACAUGUUUCGCUGUGUGGUUCAAACACAGUAUAUACUUUAGUUAUUUCUUGGUUUAGUCAUGCAUGUGAAUGAGCAGGAAAUUGUUUAGGAACCUGGUAGGUUUAUCACUAAGUGAUUUCAACUUCGGUAUCUUAAACGCUCUCAUGAUUUUCUUAUUAUCCAGCCUUUAAUGAAACAAAUAUAUUUUCAAGCUAAUUUUUACCCGACACGCCCAAUUAGAGCUUUUUGACUUUCAAAAAUAAGAAAGGGGGAAUACAUAGUUUGUAUGUACAUAUUCACAGUUUUUAUUUGUUAAAAAAUGUACAGCACUUGGGAAAAGCCAGAAGACAUCAGACACGCUCAUUUCUUACCAGCUUUGUUAAAUGUAAAAGGUCACCCAAGACACUGUGCCAGGCGAUACUUGAGCAGCAGCCCUGAAACCAGACCUGCUCUGAUUGUCUUUCUUCCUCUUUUCUGAGAAAGCAUUUUGAUGAGCUACUGACCUACCUAGUAUUCAAGUCACUCAAUACUGAAAAAUGUUACAAUACCUGGAUCUGCACCUUGGCUAUAUAAUCAUGUUUUUUUCCUCCCUUUUUCAACUUCUUUUUUUUGUGUGUGAAUAUUGCAAAUCAGGAGAUCAGUUAUCACUGUUAAUUAAAUCUAAGUGGAAAACCUCAAGUUUUUGAAAAACGCCUGCCCAGAACCGUAACUUUCAUCAAAUUUUAUUCUGUAUAUUUUAGGAGGGUGCCUAGCCUACUGGAUCUUAAAAUGAAACAAAUAAACAACAAUGUAAAAAAUGAGAACGGAAGUCUGAAAAUCACAAUUAAGUCUUUCCCAAGAAAUAAUAUAAAAGUUAGCCUUUGCCCCCCACUUAUGAAAGCAGGGGAAGGCAUCGAGAAGAAAAAAGAUAAAAUAAACAUAAAAUAAUUUUUACUGUUCAGUGCAGUUUUCAGGAUUUUAGAAUAGGGUAAGGAAAAUGUACUGGAAUAUGGGAAGUUAAGAUGUUCCAAUUGUUCACAACGGUUUCAAAACACUUUGGAAGUUCAAAGUUUUAGUGGAAGAUUAUGUUGUAGUAUUACCUCUAUUAAUUUUAACUGAAGCUAAUAUGAUUCCACUCAGCCUUAGUUCUAGGUAAAAUCCUUGUUAGUUAUACUAAACUCCUAAAGGCAAAUGGCAGAGCGCUAAUGCAGCUUGAGCCUGUGUUACUACUCCUGGGCUCAUGGGUGAGCCAGAGAGCCACUUUUUCAAUAAUGCAUAUUUAUUACAGCUUUAAGAGUAGCCAUUCCAUAUACUGAGUAGUUGCUCUUUAGCUUCAUUAAAUAAGACACAACAAGGGGAAAGACUUUUAUCUCACAAAAUGGCUUUCAAGUUCAAGUUGAACUACAGGAUAAUUAUACUGUGGCACAGGGGCAGCUUUUGGGCACUUCUUGCUACAACAGCACAAUGCUUCAACUUCUGACAAGACUCUUAGCAUAGCCUUGAGUACCAACCGAAGAUGUUGACUUUCCUGCAACCAGCGUUGUCUUUCCAGAAUAACAAAGGUACAAAUGAGGUACAACCCAUCACAGCUUCCUUCUCAUAUUCAUCUUGUAAGUAAGAGGAUUCUCUUUUAAAAACUACAAUUCUGCAACUUUUAAAAGAUUGUUAACGUCUUCUAUCAUGUUAAAUUAGCAACAUAAAACAUUACACUUAAACUAUAAAGUUCUACUCUGGUUCUCUAGGAUUUAUAUACAUGUUUUUACUUCUAAUCUGCAAGAAAAAAAAUUCCUAUUUGAUAUUUGGUAACAGAGAAUUAAAAGAUACUUUACACAUGUGGCAUAUAUAUAUUUACAAAAUACACUUCAAAAAGAAGCCAACACACUUUAGCAAAAGUCUAAGCUUGCAUAGAUUAAAAAAAAAUUAUGAAUACAAUUUUUGUUAAAAUAGAAAAUGGGGAAUAAAAGUUAUAGAAUGGAUAUGAAGAGAGAUCUUUUCCAAACUUUUAUUUGUGCACAUUCAAUUGAAAAAGAUAACUUUUACAGGUUCUUUGGUGCCCAUAUUAGCAUACAAAAAUGUAAAAGACUAUUCACAAAUAAAACACGUUAGCUCAAACUGGAAAAAAAA